AUGAGUCAAAAUCGACAUGUCGGCCCUACCAACCUCCAUCGUCUAUUCAUUCAAUCGAUGUUAUCUAGAAGAGCGAUCAAGGAAGAUGUAGCUUUGGAGAUGUACAAGAGGGCUGUAGGGGCAUGCCAAGCAAAUGACGAUACAUUUCGACCAUUACACGAAACUACCAUCCGAGGAUUUCGUACAUUCAUCACGGACGUUUCUGACAUACUGCAUGAUCUGGGUAUGGAAGUGGUAUUAGGUCAGGAACAAACCGGGAAAGGUAAAUCAUGGGUUGUUCUAAGAAACACGGAUUCCACCGAAGUUGCACUGCAGGCUACGGACUAUACACCCCUAGAGAUCGACUACUAUCGUAGAUUGGUCAAGGAAAUCAUCGAAUCCUAUCCUGCCAAUUCGAUAUCAAACGGUCAAGCCACAACGAUCGUAGGGGAAUUGGAAGGAACGAUGGCUAGACAUGUCGCCGAAACUUUACUAGACUCACUAUGUUCCAGAGGAUGGUUAUCGAAAUCAAAACGAGGUAGAUAUACCUUAGGUGUAAGAGCUACAUCAGAAUUGGAGACGUAUUUGAAACAGCAAUUUGAAGAUUAUAUGCAGAAUUGUAAACACUGUAAGAGGGUUAUAUUGGAUGGUGUGUGUUGCUCUAAGGAAGGAUGCGAUGCGCAUUACCAUUCCUACUGUUACUCUGCUAUCCUCAAAUUACCCCGACCAAGUUGUCCAGAAUGUAAUUCCAAAUUCUCAGAGUAUGAGCCGUCGCCCAUAGGUGAGAAAGCAGUAUCAAGAGCUGAAGAUGAUUUUACGGGAUUGAGAAAUAAGAGAAAGAGACCUAGAGGAAGUACGAAUCGGAAUGGUAAAGGAAAAAGUAGGGCAGGUGGGGAUGGAGAUGAGGAUGUGGAUGAUACAGAUGAGGAUGAGUUGGAAGAAGAGGAGGGAAGGGAUGGGGAAGGAGGGGGAAGUGGGUUUAUUGAAAAAGCUGGACCUUCCGGAUGGAGAGUCGAUUCAUCCUCGAGAAGAAGGAGUGUAGUAUCCGAAACUCAGCAUCUGGAUGACGAAGCUGAAGCUGCUGACCACGACGAAGAAGAGCCUCCAACGAAUAGGAGAAAAGGUAGAAGAUGA